CAGAACAUAAACUUUUGACCUCUGAUGAUGCAUUGCCCUUGGGAUGUAUGGAUCCUGUCAUGUGAGAAGCCAGAGAUUGAGCAAGAUGAAGUCAAGCUGCAGAAUGCCAGCAAGCAGAUUGUACAGACUGCUAUCCUUCGAGCAGUGCAGCAAGUUUCCCAGGAGAGUCUGCAAAAGGAGAAGCGGGCAAACAGCAGUACAAGCCUCCAGCUAGAAAGAGGAAAAUUAACCAAGAAGCAUGAGAAGAAGUAAAGAGGUGGUUUGGGUUUUUUAAGUCCUCCAAUCUACAAUGUUUCCAGCCUUCUCUUUAGUAUCAGCUAUAUUGCUAGUGCAAUGUUACUGUUGUAAAGCAAACCAAAGUAUAAUCACACCUAGACUAUAGGUAAAGCUGCAAUAGUCCUCAGCUGAGAAAUAUUAAGUGCAUUAGAUGACUCCAUAUUUAUGCAGUGCCUCUUAAACAGAAACAAUAACCAUAGAUACAAAGGUAGUUUCAAGCACAAGCUUUUAUGACAUGGACUUAUAUUCAAAAGCUUGUUGUCAGUGCACUUUCAUGUCAGUUCUGCGUGCAACGUUUAUGUUAG